AUGGAGAAGCCAGUCUUGCCGCAGGGGCUAUCCACUAACUUCUACAACAGAGUCAAGCACGAGCAGACUGCGCUCUACAUCUCUGCAGCCCCAACAAGAUCCACAAAGAGAACCAAAAAUGUUGUCAACUACGCUGAAUAUGAGGAUUUGAAUUUUGAUGAUGAAAACGAUACAAACUAUGCUGAGGACGGGUACUCCAACUACGCAUCCAACAACCAUGGUGAUGCUUCAAGCUCAAAUAAUUUCCAAGGGAAACUUGCUGCAAAGACAAAACAUUUGAAUUUUACUGAAUAUGAGUUGAACUUUAAUAGCGUGAAUGAAGAAAUACUGAUCCCUAUUAGAAUCAAUUUGGAACACAAUUCUAAUCGUAUAGUUGACUUUUUCAUGUGGAACUUAAAUGAAACACUUAUUACUCCAGAACAAUUUGCAUUAAUAACGUGUCAAGAUAUGGAUCUUCCAAAUUCUUUUCAAAAUCAAAUUGCCAAUUCCAUCAAAUCACAAAUUGAAGAAUAUACCAAUCUUGUCACUAUCCAGCUACCUAAAGACAUAGACAUACAUGUUGUUAUUGAGCUAUCUUGUAAUUUGGACAAGAAAUUAUAUGAAGAUAGAGUGGAAUGGGAUUUAACCAAUGAUAUGAUAACACCAGAAGCGUUUGCCAAAUAUGUUGUUAUGGAUUUAGGUCUAUCUCUGGAGUUUUUACCUGCAAUUGCUCAUACAUUACAUGAAUCAAUUUUAAAAUUAAAGAAGGAUUGCAUUGAUGGCCGUUUACCACAAGAAAUAUAUAACCAAUCAGCUUUCGGUUAUGAGGCCGGUGUUAGGUUAGAUCAUGAAACACUUGGUGCUAGCUGGGUCCCAUCUGUGGAAGAACUUUCACAAUGGGAAAUAGAGAAAAGGGAAAUAGAAAAAGAAAGAAAUAUCAGAAGAUUAAAGAGAGAGUCUAUGAGAAUUGAUGAUAGCUCGAAUAAAAGAAGAAGUUAUAGAAGAAGAUAUGACGACUUGGAGAUACGUUAAGCUUUAUUUGACUUUAUAUCUUUUAUAGUUUAAUAUGAUUGUAAUAUACUGAAUGUUUGUUUCUGAUAGUCUAGUCAUAUAAUUGAUUCACAUGUUAUUGGUAAAUGUAGAUCUUGCUUCACAAAGCAAUUCAUGAUUGAUGUCUGUCUGGACUAUUACUAAAUAUUGCAGCCAAUAUUACAGCACAUGAUACUAUAAAAUGACCUCACUCAAAUUAUUAAAGGUCAUAUGUCGCAUUUUAUUCAAGAUUUGUUAGUGGUCCAUUUUUGGCCUUAUCGUGAAGCUAUUCGAAUCGUUGUACAAUCAAUAAAUAGUUAGAUUUAGAUAUUAACAU